UGAAAGACGAUCGCAACUUUAAAAUCUUGGUUAUUAUUCCAAGAUACAUUACAAUCGAAACAAAACCUGACCUUGCGAAUGUCAAACAAACACACGUAAAGCCGAUCGCAAUGUUAAUUUUGAGGAAAAAAGGUUUACAUUUGAGUAUUAGUGGAAUUGUUCGUUCUGGGAAUAACUAAACUUCCGCCUUCAGUUGUCCGUAUGCUACGCAGUCACAGGCUAUUCUGAUAAUGGCAGUGAGAGGUGGGUCGCUUUUGGUGGCCGCCAUAGACAUCGGGACUACUUAUUCUGGUUGGGCAUUUUCCUUUAAAUCAGAGUUUGAUAAAGAUCCUACAAAAGUAUCCGCGAAAGUAUGGACUGGGAGUCAGCUGUUAUCGUCCAAAGGUCCUACGUGUAUACUUAUCAGACCCGACGGAAAGACACUUGAAGCGUUUGCGUACGACGCGGAAAAUCAGUACAGUGAAUUGAGUCAGAGUGGCAAACAUACGACAUGGUACUUCUUCCGCAGGUUCAAAAUGUCGUUGUGGAACAAGCCUAUACACAAGGAAACCAUGGUAGACGAUGAAUGUGGUCGAAAGCUCCCAGCUUUGACAGUUUUUUCACUGUCAAUCAGGUACAUGAAAGAAGAUUUGGAGAAAAUAUCCGAGAACCGAGUGGCAGGUUUGAAGCCAGACGAUAUUCACUGGGUUCUUACCGUGCCUGCUAUUUGGAAUGAUUCGGCAAAACAGUUUAUGAGAUUGGCUGCAGAACAAGCCGGAAUCUCCAAAGACAAACUUUCCAUUGCUCUCGAACCAGAGGCAGCCUCCUUAUACUGCAGACAUCUUCCUGUGCUGUGUGAUGGGGAAUCAAGCAUUCUCACAUUUCAAACCGGAAAGAAAUACUUAGUUGUUGACGCAGGAGGUGGGACAAUUGACAUAACGGUACACGAAGUUUGUGCCGGUGGAAAUCUCAAAGAAAUACAUAGGGCAAGUGGUGGUGAUUGGGGUGGGACGAAGAUCGACGGGGCUUUUAUGAAUUUUCUUGGACAAAUUGCAGGUAACACUACAAUGCAACGAUUCAAAGAUGAGAAUAUGGAAGAUUACCUUGAACUACUUCGUGAUUUUGAAAUCAAGAAGAGAGAUAUAGCUGUUGGAUCGAAAACUAAAGUAACAAUUAAAGUUCCAUCUACUCUGUUUAACCUAGUAGAGGAAAUGACACACAUGUCAAUGCAAGACAAACUAACAUCAUCCGAUUACGGAAAACAGGUUAGCCAGACCGGAAACAAAAUUCGAUUGGAUGCGGACCUCGUGCGGUCCUUCUUUAGCACAACAUUGACACAGAUUAUUACGCAUACAUCUGAUCUUCUUGAAAAGCCAGACUGCGUCGGAGUUGAAGCCAUUCUGAUGGUGGGUGGUUUCUCCGAGUCUAAGCUUCUUCAGGAAAUCUUUAAACUGACGUUUUCGCAGCUGAAAAUCGUAAUUCCGGCAGAAGCUGGACUUGCUGUACUCAAGGGGGCAGUAAUUUUCGGUCAUUGUCCAACUGCGAUUAAUGUACGCAUUUCAAAGUAUACCUAUGGUGUACAAACAACAAGAAUCUUUGACGAAAAAAUACACCCUUCCUCGCAGCGUUCAGUUUACGAUGACGGAACAGUCCGAUGUAUAAAUCUGUUUGACAUUAUUGUUAGAGAAGGAGAUAAACUUGUCGUAGGUGGAGCUCAUACGCAAAGCUCAUAUCGGCCUGUCAAUGAAUCACAGAAGUCAAUGAAUAUUCCAAUUUUUAUUUCAAGAAAUAGGAAUGCUAAAUUUACAACCGAUCUUGGAUGCACACAUGUUGGCACAAUUCUGGUUCCAUUGGCCGGAAGAGGCACGGAUCGUUCGGUUACGGUUCGAAUGCUUUUUGGUGGCACUGAAAUCAUUGUUGAGUGUGUAGAAAAUGCUACCAACAGAAUCAGACGGUUGAAUAUAGAUUUUCUGACGUAAAAAUGAGUAUUAAAAGUAUAAGAAACAUUGACACGUCAUAUUAAAAGCAAUAUUGUGUCCAAACUUUGACAACUGGUGAAAUGUUAUAAUUAUUUAAGUUACAAAAUAUUGUCUGGUCUAAUAAAUAUUCAGUUUAAUUUGUAAUCCAAUACAUAAUAACUAUAUGAUUUUAAGUGGGGAUUUAAGCAUUCAAUAUUAUUAGAAAUAUUUUCUAAAAACGUAUACAGUUGGCCUGCAUAUGUAUGGACUAUUAUCAUUGUAUAUUUUUGAAAAGUAACGUCUGUGGAUUUUGGUUUUCUGUUUUUUAUAUUAUUUGCUUUACUUUUAUGUUAGAUUAUCCCAGAUAAAAUAAUUAAUAUGUUUUGAUAAAGCUGAGAACGAGAAUUGCUGUGCAUGUAUGUAUAUAAAGUUUAUAUAGUUUACAAACUUGUUUGUGUUUACUUUUAUGUUAGAUUAUCCCAGAUAAAAUAAUUAAUAUGUUUUGAUAAAGCUGAGAACGAGAAUUGCUGUGCAUGUAUGUAUAUAAAGUUUAUAUAGUUUACAAACUUGUUUGUGUUUUCGAUUUUAUGAAAAGUGCGAUAUUGUUAAAACACUUCCAUGCAGGAAUAAUUCUUUAGCGUGGCUUUAGUGUCGAUCUGUCUUAAUACAACGGAUUGACCGACCUUGACGGAAGGUAACGAAGUGUUUUAAACGAAGAUUUUAUACAUUGUUUAUACGCAUGUGUAUGAUUAUAUUUAUGUUGGAAUCAAAUAAUAGACGUUUACCCUUACUGUGAUACACAAUAAAGCAAAUAUGUAAGGUAUUUUGAUAUCCAAUGCAGUACCUGUGGUGGUGGCUUGAGGCUUUUAUCGACGCUCAAAAUUGACAUUAUCUUUAAAUAACAGUCUUGUUAAUAUUUUUUAAACAAGUAAAUUGAUUUUCAAUUAUUGUCGCUGCCUAUCAGACAUAAUAACUAUGAUUUACAAUACAACAGUCUUUGACCUUUUCCAAAUUUAUUAUAGCAUGUAAUUUUAGUUUCAAGCAAUGAACUCGCAUCACCACAUCCGGAUCGGAUACAAGUGUUAUAAAUACGGUGUCACUGAAGUUAUAAAAAUGCACGAAAUAAAGAACGUACGUAUUUGUAUACGUACCGUA